GCUCCCUGCUCGGGGCGGCCGCGAGGGUCGCGAGGGGCGGGCGGAGUGCCGCUGGUGUGCGGAAAAACGUUCGGCUGUUUUUGAGCGUUUCUUUGCGCGGGAGACGUUAGUAGUUCUGAGAUGGUGUUCGCGGUCUGUACGCCUUUGUGCUUUGUUGUCGUUCAGUGAAAUAACGUCGGCUGCUCGCUCGGAUGCUGAGCUGCCAAGGGCACGUGGGCGUGUCUGCAUCCCGGCCUCUCCUCGCUGCCCGACUAAGCUCGGUUUCAGAAGUGGCCGCUUCUAGCGUUCCUGCUCCUCGCGUUUUUUGUGGAUACCACCAAAAGAAGACAUCCAUCUUUAUGCACAGACAAAGCCGCGGUUCUUCCCACCCCUCCUUCCUAACGCCUUGUCUUUCUGCCAGAUGCUGGUCGUGCUGAAGCCCCAAGCUCUGCCCGUCCAACGAACGCUAUCAGGAGCUGCUGGGUGACGUGUAACAGCGAUGGGCAGAAUGUGCUCCACUGCUGACAGCACAGCGAGAGCUUCUGACUAACAGAAACAGUCUACCAGCUACUGCCACGUUUUCAUUUAUUGGUAAACAUCAGCUGCUGGUUGCUCUUAUGGGAGGAGGAUUGAAUUACUUCCAGAUGGAAAGCUCUUCCAGCCAAUUUAAAGCUUUCCAGCUGAUGUAAGACAGCAGGUAGAAAAAAAUGGAAUAGAGCACAUGAAGAGGCAUCUAAAGUUGCUUUUCACACAGGAUGUUACUUGGAGGACCAAAUACACUUUUGGAGACCACUGGAGAUGAAAGAUUGAUCACAUGAUAUUUUUCUUCUCUCCACGUACUGUUCCCUACGAAGUCAGUGUUGCUUUGUGUUAAGGACAGGCAGUUGUGUUGUGUCACAAUGUCGACUGUGACGAGUGCUGAGACACCGGAGGAACCCAAUCCUCCUCUCCUUGAAGAAAAGCCAAAGGGAAAAUCACUAUUUAAUUUGGGCUCGCUCUUUGCUAACAGGAGUGAAAAAUUUGUAAUUGCUAGGAGUGAUAGUGUGCCAGAAGAGAACGUUCUGAAAAUAACUAUCACAGAGACCACGGUCAUCGAGUCAGACUUGGGAAUCUGGAACUCUCAUGCUCUCAUCUACCUCACUUUGUGGUUUUUCUUCAGCUUUUGCACUCUUUUUCUUAACAAAUACAUCCUUUCCUUACUGGAAGGAGAGCCCAGCAUGCUAGGUGCUGUUCAAAUGCUUUCAACCACCUUUAUUGGUUGUAUAAAAAUGUUUGUUCCAUGCUGCUUGUACCAGCACAAAACACGCAUCUCUUACCCACCCAAUUUCAUCAUGAUAAUGCUGUUUGUUGGACUGAUGAGAUUUGCAACAGUGGUCUUAGGGCUCGUCAGCUUGAAAAAUGUGGCAGUUUCAUUUGCAGAGACAGUUAAAAGUUCCGCACCUAUUUUUACUGUUAUCAUGUCUCGGAUGAUAUUGGGGGAAUACACUGGAUUGCUGGUUAAUCUCUCUCUCAUUCCAGUUAUGGGUGGGCUAGCUCUGUGUACAGCUACUGAAAUCAGCUUCAACAUUCUAGGUUUCUCGGCAGCUUUAUCUACUAAUAUAAUGGACUGUCUGCAGAAUGUCUUUUCCAAAAAAUUACUCAGUGGAGAUAAAUACAGAUUUUCAGCCCCAGAGCUUCAGUUCUAUACAAGUGCUGCUGCAGUGGUUAUGCUUAUUCCAGCUUGGAUAUUUUUCAUGGAUGUUCCAGUGAUUGGGAAAAGUGGAAGGAGUUUUAGCUACAACCAAGAUGUAGUUGUACUUCUCUUAAUAGAUGGAGUCUUGUUCCACCUGCAAAGUGUUACAGCCUAUGCCCUGAUGGGAAAAAUUUCUCCUGUGACUUUCAGUGUUGCCAGUACUGUGAAGCACGCACUGUCAAUCUGGCUAAGUAUUAUUGUGUUUGGUAACAAAAUCACAAGCCUCUCAGCCAUUGGGACUGUUCUAGUGACGGUGGGAGUUCUGCUUUACAACAAGGCAAAGCAGCAUCAGCAAGAAACUAUACACAGCCUGGCAGCUGCAGCCCCACAGCCUGCACCAAGUACAGCUGAAGAUACUGAGCCACUGAUUGCCAAGGAUUUGAAACCAUAUGAUUGAUAUGACCACUUAUUCGUACAACAUUGUACAACUCAAAGGGACUCCUGCCAGAAGUGACUGUUUCUGUGACUAUUGAUGCUGAUGUGGUUCCUUUGAGGUUCACAGCAAGUCAGGCCUGGGACUUGAAGCAGAAAGAGAACGAUGACAGGAACCCAGGAAGCCUUGAUUUUUCUGAGAAACUGAAAUAGCAGAGGGCCUGGUGUUAUUUAAUGUGGUAAAUGUGGGCUUUUUGAUCUCUUGACUGCAAAAAAAACCCACACAAGCCUAUAUUAGAGAAAGAACUUUGGUGUCUUGUAGGAAAAUUCUUGCUUCCUCCUUGCCCAGGAAAACAAUGUGAAAACUUUGGCCCGUCACUGUAUUUGGCUUUCUUGCAGUGGAAUGAAAUUUCAAAGUGUUAUUACUGUAUGCUGCAUCCUCCAUUAUCUGUUUGUGUUGCAGAGCUGGAAGGAGGAACCCCUCCCUCCCCCAGCUCAUGUCUCAGCAAAUGGCUUAUUUUGGUAAAGCCCUCGUUAAAGUAAAUUACAGACAUGAGUCCAUGUCUCAAAGCACAAUGAGCCACUAUUUCCAACUACAAAACUAGCAGUAGAUAGUCUUUUUUUUUUUUUUUUGCUGAAACUCAAAAGGGAAAUCUUUCAUCCUGGUUAUGUAUUUACAGUAUUGAAAUGCAAGUGCACAGACAGUUGUACUGUAUAAACAGUGCUGAAGUACAUAUUUGCACUUGCUUGCAGAUUAUCACCAAAACCUGUGAUUUUGCUGUGAUAAGUCAGGAUAUCCGUAUUUCUAUCAGAAACCAUUUUAAUAUCUGAAUUUCCUGCAUUUUGUUAUGUAUUUUUUAAUGAGGAAGUGAGCUUUUAUUUUGUAGCAUUGUUUGUAGGACUGCAAUGAAAGUACUGCCUUUCAGAAACUCAGGGUUAUUACCCUAUGUACAAAAUAUUUCUGACAUUUCCAGUUAUGUGAGGAAUCUUGGGGGUAUCUGACAAAGCUGGAAGGGGACCACGAGCUGAGGCUGAUCUGAGAAUUCUUCCUUUUUUGGAGAAGUUACAUUUCAUGGCUGACUGGAGGUUAAAAGCCAAUUUCUUGCCUUCCCUUUAAGGAAACCUGAAAUUUUAUUCAUUUGUUUUUGCAAAUCGAGCACAUGUAUCUACAGAACCCAUCACGUGGGCUUUUUGAUAACAAAAUUAACAAAAUGAGCUGAUUUUUAAUAAUUUCCUGUUUUGAAAGAGUGUAGCUUGGUGUUAAAAGCCUGGAUUUAAGUGUUCUUUAGGGUAAAAUACAAUUUCUAAUAGGAAGUUGCAUGCGGAGUUCUUAGGACAUUUCAGCUCCUGCUCACGCUUCCCAUGUGAGGUAUUCCAUGAGCUUGAGUUCCUGGGGAAGGCAAACGUGUCCCCAGGGCAGGCAGUGUGGGGGAGCCUGGCCUCGGGAUCAGUUUGAGCAGCAGCUCAGGUUUAUCCCUGGCUGUGUAUGUUUGCUUUGAGCAGAAGGGAAAUGUCCAUUUUUUCAUCAUUGUGUGAUGUCUGUUCUGUUGCGUGGUUUUUUUGGUGCAUUGUCACUGCUCAUAUUGCUUGCAAAACAAAAACAAAAAAGAAACCUGUGGUCUGUGAAAUGGA